GAGAGAACCUGUAAAUUUUCAAACGCUGAAGGUUUUCAGAUUUUUACGAAUCUGAGUAUGGAGAAAGUUCCGGAACUAGUGUUUGUUAUGAGUGGGAAAAGAAAAUCUGGAAAAGACUAUGUGGCAUCAUUAAUGUGUAACAGAAUAGGAAAACACUUGUGUAGCAGUGUCCAGUUGUCUGGUCCAUUGAAGAAACAAUAUGCUGAGGAUCAUAAUUUGAAUUUUGAAAAACUUAUGGAUUCUUCAGAGUACAAAGAGAAGUUCAGAAUUGAUAUGAUUAAAUGGGGUGAAGAUAAGCGUACAGAAGACCCAGGAUUCUUUUGUCGCCUAGCAACAUCUAAAAACAAUUUGAAGAAAAUUUGGAUUAUUACUGAUGCCAGGAGAAAAACAGAUGUAGAAUAUUUUAAAGAAAACUACAAUGGCAGGACAUUCAAAGUGAGAGUAUGUGCAAAAGAAAGUAUCAGAGAAUCGAGAGGGUUUACAUUUACACCAGGUGUAGAUGAUGCUGAAUCUGAAUGUGGAUUAGAUGAAGGAGUUAAAUGGGACUAUUUAAUCUGUAACAAUGGUGAUCAGGAUCAAUUAGAUAAAGACAUUGGCUGCUUAUUGACACUUGUACAAGAAAAACUAUGUGAUGUGACUUGAGAAGUUUUAUUAAAAUGUAGAAAUUAAAA